GCACGCCUUAAAUGCUGCGGCUGGUCUCACAGGAGAGCCGAGAGUCGACAUGGGGACCAACUCGUUCGCUGCAGAGGAUGAGAAACGUGUGUUUUUCAACGAAAGAUACGUCGGACAUGAAGAGGAGCUGAGUCCUCCUCGUGAGAGGUGCUACGACCCCCACGACGCCACUCUGACGUUUGUAGACGGAGAGGACGAUUUAGAUUUUUUGUGCGCUGACUACAAGUCUCUCCGAGCUCGGAUGUCCUGCGGGCACGCGGUCACUCCCACGUCUCUCAUCAACUGGUGCCACCGUUUGCUGGACAAGGGUGAAUGCACAUUUGUGUGCGCACAAACGGACUGUGAUGUCAAGUGGCCCUUCGAGGAGGUUUGUAAAAUGGCUCUUCUGACCCCCGAAGAAAUGGAGGACUUUGAGAAGAAACUUUUUCAAAACGCUGCCAAAGAUUCCUUGGACGUCAAAUGUUGUCCCGGCUGCAAAUCCCGUGUGAUGAGAGCUGACGUCCGUAAUCUGUGUGUUGAGUGCCCGGUGUGCACAGCUAAAAGAAGAAGGACUUACACGUUCUGCUGGCUGUGUUUGAAGAGAUGGAAAGGUCCGGCUCCUUGGUCAAAGCACUGUGGAAACCACGAGUGCCAAAACCCUCUGGAAAUACUGAAGAGCUGCCCUCACAUCACCUUCAAGGAUGUGAAGGGGGUCACCGGCUGUCCCUCCAUCCGGGCCUGCCCCACCUGCGGUUUGCUGGUGGAGCACAACACAAAGCAAUGUAACACCAUUGUUUGUCGCCUUUGCAAAGUGAAGUUCUGCUUCGUGUGCCUGAAGCUCACCGGAGAGUGUCGGACUAAUUAUAAUCUUUGCUCCGGUGGUGUGGCUCCGAGACAGACCUCCAUGCCCGUGUGGCAGAGGACGUGAAUCUGUUGAUUUAACACCGCGAUCUCAAGGAAUAAACACACUUUUUUUUCUGUUUUUUUUCGUAUAACUGAUAUGUCUCCAGCACUAACUCUGCUUUUCAAAAUAGUUAGAGCCUUUAUGAUCUUUUCUGUAUACUUCAGCCCAUAUGAGAAUGUGUUUCCUUCUUCCCACGGUUGAAAGAUUUAUGGAAAAUGUAGAUGUAAUUUUUUGUCUCUAAUGUAAAAAAUCCUGAAAAGAGACUAUAAAUGUCAAAUACAUCAAUAUUUCCCUCAGAAAUGGAGAGUUGUGGAAGUAUAACAGAAUAUGGAAGUGCAGUACUGAGUAAAUACUGAGCUACAAAUAAAUAUUGGAGAUGAGAGGGUUCUUAUAGCACUGCUGGUUAUAGAUGUAUAACAUAUAUAUAUUCUGAAUAAAUGCAUUUUUGUCAAAAACAUGAAGCUGGAAUAUUUGUCUCUCAAACUUAUUACAAUACAAUAAACCUGUGAAUCAUC